AUGAAGUGGACAGAGUAUACACUCAAGACAGCAAAGACAGCAUACAGAUUUGAGACAAAAAUCCAGAAGUGCGGGCGGGUUCGCCAGCACGUUGUUGCUGUUCUGGAGAAAAGCAUUGUUUUUAUGGAGGAGACUGGCGAGAUGAUAAAGUAUCCCACUAAGAGGAUAAAGAGCUGCGGGUUUCUCUCUGAAGGCGUUAUAUACUGCGAGGAAAAUAGUACCCAGCUUCUAUACAUAACGCAUCCGUAUGAGACAGUUCACGCAUACUCUCAACUGUAUGUGCCAUUUGAGAUUGUUGCUGCACAUAAAGACAGAUUUAUACUGCAAUAUGAAAAAUAUAAGAAAACAUAUCUCCGCAUAUACAAAUGGACGCCUCCAUAUUCAGACUAUGGUUUCUCUUUACAAGUGCAGGAGCCUGUAAUGGGUGCUCACGUUGAGGGCCUGCGAUAUGCAAUGUGGCAGGAAGACAGAAUUGUAAUAGGAUCUCUAAGCAGGCGCUCAAAAGAGAUGCAGAUCAAGCAGGAGCUGGUGUAUGUGCCUGUUUCCAAGAAAGUGGAAAGUGUUGUGCCUAUUAAAAUGAAGCGAGGCAUGUACUUUUUAGUAAAUGGGCAGGAGGUCGUAAGCGAAUAUGGGCUUGUGUUUAAUUUGGCGGCCCACUUGCAGGACACACUGCCAAGAUACAUCACAGACCAGGCAAUUGCACAGAUUAAGGUGGUUAGGAAGGGAGUGUACACUAUAAAAGAGAUUUCCAACUUUUUCCGAUACGCUGAGACAGGACAGAGGCUUUUUGGAACAAUCAUGCCAUCGUAUAACAUGCAUAAAGUGCUAAAGGUGUACUUCUCAACGCCAGAGGCAUCUAUGCACAAGCUGAUAUCGCAUGAGAUUGCUACACUUCCACGGAGACUGGUUGAGAAGAUGUCUGUGUAUUUAGAGCGGGUAGCACACAUUAUUAGAUGUGUUGGCAGUAUACAGACACCUCUAUUUCGCGACAUAGCCAAGCGAAACAAAAAGACCAACAGAAAGAGAGCCUACAUGUUCUGGAUGCUGGGAUCACAGUCAGUUCCCAAGACUGCUAUUAUGUACGAGCUGUUUUCGUACAACGAAAACCUUAUCUAUAAGUCGAAGAACCUAGGGUACAGCCUUUUGAAAAACGAUCAGAGCAUAGAGAACCAGGAGAGCUUUAGCAUGGCUGACAGGUAUGUUGCGCACACGCUGGACGAUCCAGAGCACAUUCAAAGUGUUCCGCUGCGCCUGCGAAAUACAAGUGUGAUUGAAGAGUGCAAGCGUCUUCUAUCUGGGCACCAGAUUGGCGACUUUAUGUUUGAUGUGUACGACACAGAGAACCGGCGGAAGAAGGCGUUUGUCUUUUCAAUUAUAGCCUCAAUUGGGCGCGGCAUGUUUCUCCUGAACAGAAACAGCCAUAUCAAUGUGUUUCAAGUCCCCGAAAUGAAGGUAUUUUUGAAAAAGAAUAACCACGUGGUGUCCAUUACAGACCUGGAUGAAUGCGACAGCAUGUGGCCUGCGUUUCACUUCUCUGUGGCCACUGCGCUCUCGAUUCCAAAUAGGCCGUUUAUCUCCACAAGCCAUAUUGAUGUGAUGACGCCAAGAGCGCUGAUGGCCCUCGCAGGUGCGAUCUUUGGGUUUGGCCUGAAGACAAAUGUGUGCCAGAGCAACCUAACAAUUGGAGAGAAGCUGAAUCUCUCGCGGUCUCUUAUUCUGUCUCUCUCAAAAAGCCAUGACAGUCUCCUGAUUGCAGCCACAAUUCUAGGGAACUCUUUUAUUGUCAAGGGAACUGGAAACAAGGACCACGCAAACAUUAUAUGGUUUAACAUGCACUCCGCCACCUCUCCCAGCCACCUUCUGAUGUGGAGUGUGCUGUCUCUUGGAGUGCUAUAUAUGGGGCACGAUGAUCUUUUUGCCAAAAAGUCUCUUAUUGAGUACAUGCAAAGAAAAGGUCCCAUAGCCAUAGGCAAUGCACAGACAAAAAAGGAGUACUAUGACAAAUACCACAGAGCAGCAGCUGCCUUCUCCUUUGCAUAUAUCAUGCUUGGAACACACAGCCGAGAGUAUAUUAGACUGCCCGACCGAACUUGUGAAAUCAUUGUGAAUGGCCUAGUGCACAUGCGAAGCGGAUGGGAGAAGAUAUCGUGCCUGCUGGAAGAGAGCCGCACGCACUCCAUGCCCCUAAACAGAUUCUACUCUUCGCUCAUGAUCUUGCUCGUUCUGGGAAAUGGUGCUGCGGAUUAUAAAAGCGUUUUGAGCGAGGCACUUACUGAAAACCUGCCAAUUGAGGAGGCAUACAGCAUUGCAGGAAGAAUUUUUGCGCAUGGAAUUCUGCAGAUCCCGGAAGAAGGGAAAAAGCCGUCUGCAAAGUUUGUUGAUGACAUCACAAACCUUCUGUACAAAAUAGAAAGAAACGGAAGCGUGCACUCAAUUAUACUAGAUUACACACUGCUAGCCUGCUGCCUGGUUCUAAACUCAACAGGAGAUCUUUGCAUUCUAGGAACAUGCAAAAGAAUGCUUGAGUCUUUGAAGUGUGUGGAAGCGUUGGAUAAAAUCAUAGACUUCAGCCCGUUUUCGGGAACAUAUAGAGAGCAGUACGGAAUGCGCUAUGGGCGCAUCCAGCACAUAAAAAUGUGUCUAGGCCUUCUUGUUCCUGGAUGCGGAUCCAUGCGCCUGUCUUCCUCGCAGGAGUCGGUUGCGUUUAUAGUGACAAGCUUCUACCCAGAGUUCCCUCUUACGCCCGAAGACCAGGACGCAUUCCAAGUCAUCCGGCACUUCUAUCUGCUUUCCUUGGUACCUAUUGAGGAUAAGAAUAAGAUCACAUUAAAUGAGGCCUUUUCCAGCGGGAUUGGAGAGGAUCUAAAGAAUGCAAGUCUGGUGGACAAGAAAGCCGCAGUGGACAUUAUAACCUCGUUCUUUGAGAAAAACCCUCUCAAAACCUUUGACUCCAAUCGCAUUGAAGUUCUUAUAACGAGCCUCUACAGUGAUCUGCUAUAA